UCCCUCGGCACCGGCCGGAAGCGCCCUCCGUGCCCGCCCCCUGCCCCCGGACCCGGAAGUGGGGCGUCGCAGCUGGCGCGUUGCGCUCCGCGGCCGAAGCCCACCAUGCUCCGCGGACCCCGCCGCCUCCUCUGGGCCUCCGUACGACCCGCCGCGGCCCUGGCUGCGGCGCUGCUCCCGUCACUUGUGCGCUGCUCUAUCCUAGAGCCGAGGGACCCAGUGGCCUCGGUGCUCAGCCCCUACUUCGGCACCAAGACUCGCUAUGAGGAUGUCAACCCCGGGCUACUGUCGGGUCCCGAGGCGCCGUGGCGCGACCCGGAGCUGCUGGAGGGGGCCUGCACCCCGGUGCAGCUGGUUGCCCUCAUUCGCCACGGCACCCGCUACCCUACAGCCAAACAGAUCCGAAAGCUGAGACAGUUGCACGCGCUGCUGCGGGCUCGCGGGCCCGGGGAUGACCGGGUCGGUAGUGCCAGCAGCCGCGACCUGGGUGCCGCGCUGGCCGACUGGCCUUUGUGGUACGCGGACUGGAUGGACGGGCAACUAGUGGAGAAGGGACGGCAGGAUAUGCAACAGCUGGCGUUGCGUCUGGCCUCGCUCUUCCCAAGCCUCUUCAGCCCGGAGAACUAUGGCCGCCUGCAGCUCAUCACUAGCUCCAAGCACCGCUGCGUGGAUAGCGGCGCUGCCUUCCUGCAGGGGCUGUGGCAGCACUACCACCCUGGGUUGCCGCCGCCCGAAGUCGAAGAUAUGGAGUGUGGCCCUCCAAAGAUUAAUGAUAAACUAAUGAGAUUCUUUGAUCACUGUGAGAAGUUUUUAGCUGAAGUAGAAAGGAAUGCUACAGCUCUUUAUCAUGUGGAAGCCUUCAAAACUGGACCAGAAAUGCAGAACAUUUUACAGAAAGUUGCAUCUACUUUGAAAGUACCAGUAAAUGAUUUAAAUGCAGAUUUAAUUCAGGUAGCUUUUUUCACCUGUUCAUUUGACUUGGCAAUUAAAGGUAUUAAAUCUCCUUGGUGUGAUGUUUUUGACAUAGAUGAUGCAAAGGUGUUAGAAUAUUUAAAUGAUCUGAAACAAUAUUGGAAAAGAGGAUAUGGAUAUACUAUUAAUAGUCGAUCCAGCUGCACCCUGUUUCAAGAUAUCUUUCAGCACUUGGACAAAGCAGUUGAGCAGAAACAAAGGUCUCAGCCAGUUUCUUCUCCAGUCAUCCUCCAGUUUGGUCAUGCAGAGACCCUUCUUCCACUGCUUUCUCUCAUGGGCUACUUCAAAGACAAGGAACCCCUAACAGCCUACAAUUAUAAGGAACAAAUGCAUCGGAAGUUCCGAAGUGGUCACAUUGUACCUUAUGCCUCAAACCUAAUAUUUGUGCUUUACCAUUGUAAAAAUGCUAAGACUUCUGAAGAAGAAUUCCGAGUGCAGUUGUUAUUAAAUGAAAAGGUGUUACCGUUGGCUCACUCACAAGAAACUGUUUCAUUGUAUGAGGAUCUGAAGAACCACUACAAGGAUAUCCUUCAGAGUUGUCAAACCAGUGAAGAAUGUGAAUUAGCAAAAGUUAACAGUACAUCUGAUGAGCUAUGAGUAACUGAAGGAUGUUUUUAAUUCAUCAGGAAUCUAUACGGAGUGAUUACAUGCUUCUAAUAGGUAGGCAAUCCCUUGAUUACAGAAAGCUUUUACAUUACUUGAGUAUUUCUGUCUUUUCACAGAAAAACAUUGAGUUUUUUUGGUUUGGACAUGAUAUGUAAGAAAUAAUUCUUCACUGGAGCAGCUCUGUUAAGGGGGAAAAAUCUAUUCAAAGAAACAGCACUGCAAAUGUUUACAGAAAUGAAAUUCUUUCUAUUUAUAUAAGAAAUCUCACCCUGAGAUAGAAUAUGAUUUCAGAAUGAUACUUGAAAAGUGGAGUAACAAAAUAUGUCAUUCGGACAAUCCAUAACUUGAUUGAACUAAGUUUAGCAAGUUUACCAGUUGUGCUGCAGUUUAGUCUCUCUUUUCCUCAGGUAGGACAGUUCUGGUAUUGUCUUUCUUAAUCAGAAAUAUUGUGAUAAACUGGGAAUAUCACUUUGGAAGAAAGCUAUCAUCUCUAGAUGAAAAUUUGAAACAAUAUUAAGAGACAGAGUCUGAUCUUAAAGGAUACCUUCACUCAAGCAAUACAAAAAGUAUAAUAAAUAUUUUUGUUAAUGUAUUUAUAAAAUAUUUGAAUGCUUUUUCAGUAAUUCAUUUUAAUCUAGUAAGUUUUGCAAGGCUAUCUUAAAUUACUUUAUACCUAUAUUACAUAUAUAACAAUGGAAAGACAAAAAGGACAAUUCGCAACAAGUCAGAUGGGUAGAAUCAAAGUUUCUUAAAUCCAUUGCUUUUCCAUCCUGUCACUUGGCUUCUAUUUUUAUGUUUUCUAUUAUGUGAAAUAUAUCUUUUGGUUGUUUGAUUUCUUUUUCUUUUGCAAAUAAAGACCUCUUCCCAGCUGGCUUAGUUUCACAGAUUUAAACCUGUUUUAAAGAAAUAGUUCUGAGUUCGGUCAAAUGCCAUGAAAGUAUUUGCUGUAAUAAACAAAAUUCUUGUGACUUUA